AUGUCCGACUCAACCGUUCUGAUCGCACCACCACCGUCUCGUAUCGCGAUGCCACCACCAACUUCGAAAUACUCGCCCCGGUUUGACGGCAAGCGUCUCCGGAGCUUCCUCAACGUGUUCGAGAACCUAGCUAACGCUGCGAUGCUUUCGGACAGCGAGAAGUGUCGCAUGGUGCUCGAGUAUUGCACCGAAGAGGUAAGCGUCAUGCUCUCAUGCAUGACUCAAUUCGCAGGUAGCGAUUGGGCGAAGGCCAAGGAAAGGAUGGUAUUCUGUUUCGGCGAAGGUACAGUCAAGGACAAGGGCUCGGCUGACAAGCUCCGGGCAUUCAGCAAGAAGUACAGAAAGAAGCAUACGAUCCGGAACUUGGACGGAUACUAUAAGUACUUACACGGGUUUCUCAAGUGCGCAGGUAACCAGAUCGAGUUGGGCGGGAUCACCGAGGCGGAGCACGAUUAUCUGUUCUUCCGUGGACUGAAUUCACGCGUCAGACAGGCGAUCGUACCGAAGCUUGAGAAGGCGAUGGGCAAGACACCCACCCACAAGGAGCCAGCGCCCUUUGAACAGUGCGCGAACGAGGUCCGCAAUUAUUUUACUGAUAACGAUUACCACAGAGACGCGCUAGAUUCAUCAAGUGACGAAUCUGAAGACAGUGAUUCGUCAGACGACGAGUCUGAUGAUGAUACUGACUCUUCUGAUAGUGACAGUGACGACGACAAGAAGAGGAAAAAGAAGAAGAAGGUCAGCAAGAAGGCCGACAAGAAGAAGGGCAAGAAGAGAGGUAAGCGUACGAAAGAUAAGGACGAGGUUGACGAAUUAGCGGAACGACUCGAUAAGUUGCUUGCGGCGCGGCACGCAACGACGACGCCGAAUUCGACAGCACAAGCCACGGCAAGUGCGGCGCAACACGGACAGCCUGCGCGAUGCUGUUACAUGUGUGACAAGGAAGAAGGUAAGGAUUUGGACCAUCGAAUCGGCAUGGGUCAUUGCGGCUUCACCAAGAAGUGGAUUGCGGAUGGUACGAUCAUGUAUAGUCCGCAGGGUAGACUGACAUACGCAGAUGGAUCCGACCUGCCUAACGGGCGAGGCGUCCCGGGCGGCAUAUCCACGCUAAUCCAACAGCGGAUCGAUCAACUCAAGGGAAAAACGCGCGACUCGCCGCCACACAUGGCGUGCAGCUCAAUCGAAGUACUGCGCGACAAUGAGCCGGUACUCAGCGGUGACGUCUAUGCCCUCUCAUCUGAAGACGUUUACUCGUGUCCGGUUACCAGAUCGCAAGGGAGAGCCCUAGACUCGCCCUCGGAUUCGCCCGCGGCAGGGCCGAGCUUGCCCAAGAAAGUGCGUUUCGAUUAUAAGCACUCAAGUACUGACGAGCCGGAGGGUGGCUCGACUCGAAAGUCACCCCCUCCCACUCAGGUUCGGCAGCCCGCGGAGCCGACACGGUUCACUAAGGACAAGGCUAAGGCAGCCGAGGGAGCGAAGACGGACCCGCCGAAGAUCAACACAGAGCAAGGGUGGAGAGAUCGUGAGGCACAGAAGAAGCAACAACGGAAGACCAACCCGGGCGAUUAUGCAGGUCAGACACGGUCAGACAGGACUAACGUGCGCUUCACGUCAGACAUUCAAGACAUGGUUUCCGCCGACCAGGUUAUGGAGAAGGCGCUCAAUACAAUGCUUACGAUCCCACUAAAAACGCUCAUAGCAAUGUCGCCCGAAAUGCAGAAGCGCUUCGCAACCAUGACGAAGACUCGGCGCGAGGUCCACGCGAUGAUGGUAGAGGAGGUAAGCGAGGACGACGACGCUAAUAGCGAUGCAGGAGCAGCGGACGACAAGGCAAGCUCAGUCGGAGCGGCAUCUGUUACGAUCCGCGACGAAGAACACCUCGCGCAAGUUAUCGACAGCUACGCGGCGGCACUGGCGAUCGGGCGGCGACGGUUCGUCGCGAUGGCAUGCGGGCUCGUGCAGGGCAAGUUCGGAACAGAACCGGUAACGUACCUCAUUGACUCGGGUUCGGAGCUUAACUUGAUCGCACAACGAGUGUACGAGCAAGCUGGUGUGGAGCUCGACGGUGAUGGGUCGAGGUGGACGCUUCGGGGCAUACACGGAGCUCCUGUAUCGCUCGUUGGAUGUUGCAGGGACGCGCCGGUUGAGGUGAAUGGCGUCAGGUUCGAUCACCAUUUCUUCGUGCACCCGCAGGAGCUCGGUAGGCAUGAUGCAAUACUGGGGCAGCCAUGGCUGCAGUGGUUCUCGUCGCGCCUCGAGUACGCACGUAGUGGAGGGCAGGACCUCGUAGUCUUCCCUGACGGGGACGUUGAGAACGUGCCAAUGCGAAUCCGAAUUGCGGGGCUGUCAGACCGACGGAACGUGGACAAGCUGGUCCAGUCGGUGGAAGUGGUAGAGGGUUUUUAG